UUCUUUCGUAUUACAGGCUUCACCAUAUACUCCCUCCUGAGAUUCCACUCUGAACCCCAAAACCCUCACUGCCAACUUGCGUCUUUUCAUCAGCCGUUUUAGCUACCACGCUCAUGGCUGCAACAGCAAAGCUCGCGAAAUCCUUCCACCGCUCUCUUCCCACCGCCCGCCGCUUUUAUUCUACCGCUCGCGUUAUCUCCUGCGAUUCACCAUCUAUUACUCAGCAGCCGGACCUCCCUUCGGCCCGUUGCUCCCCGCAACCCUCGUUUCUCAUUUCCCACUCCAUUCUUCCUUCCAACCCGUAUGGGAUCAACCCCGUCCGCUUCAACCCGGCCCGACUCCGCGUCAACCGAUCCGGCAACCCGUCAUACAAUCCCGGUUCCAGUGACCGUCCUCCAACCGAGAUGGCGCCGCUCUUCCCUGGCUGCGAUUAUGAGCACUGGCUAAUUGUCAUGGAUAAGCCCGGGGGUGAAGGCGCGACCAAACAGCAGAUGAUCGAUUGCUACAUUAAAACCCUUGCUCAAGUCGUCGGAAGCGAAGAAGAGGCAACGAAGAAAAUUUACAAUGUUUCUUGUGAGAGAUACUUUGGUUUUGGUUGUGAAGUGGACGAGGAGACUGCGAAUAGGAUGGAAGGUGCGCCUGGAGUUCUGUUUGUUCUUCCUGAUUCAUACGUUGAUGCUGAAUAUAAGGACUAUGGAGCUGAAUUGUUUGUUAAUGGGGAGAUAGUGCAACGAUCACCUGAACGACAGAGGCGAGUAGAGCCUGUUCCUCAGCGGGAUAGAGUACGGCCCAACACGCGAUACAACAGGCGUAGAGAGAACAUGAGAUGAACUCUUGAAUAUAUAAUGUCUAGAAAUGGCUCUCUAUUCUGUCUUUUGAACCAUUUAAUCAUUUAGUGUUUGGACUCCGCAAUAUGUUAUUUUGUCUUGGGUUAUGUAAUUUGUUUAGGUAUAAUGGCAACAGAUUGCAUUGACCCUAAUUGCUCUUUAUUGAUUGAUCUGAAAAGUUUUUACUUUGGUUCUUUUAUAGGAAUCAUUGUAUUUUUACCAUCUAUAACUCUAUAAGCUGAAAAAGGGCUGAAUCAACUCUGUUC